CUCUCUGACUCCGCCCAUCGCGGGGAGCCGGGAUCGCGCAGGGUCAAGUUCACCUUAGACCCGCCCUCUCACCCCCAGCGCGGGGGCGGGGCGGGAAGGUCCCGGGCUCCUCCACCGUGAAGGGCGGUGCUUGCGGAGCCCUGCAACAGUCCCCGCCAGGCUACGUGCUGAGUCGCGGGCGGGCAGAGAGCCCUGGUUCUGCACGUCCGAGCCCACAGUUCCCUGUAGGCCUCCAAGGCACGCCGAGUGUCUCUGCGGAGCCCCGCAACGCGCAGAAAUUCUUCAGGCAUUCUCCUGGGGCUUUGAAUGCUGAGACAAAAUGAUAGUCUUGACCCUCAUUGCAGCCCAGAGACAUCGUGAGACAGAUGAUUGAUAAAAACAGAAUUAAGCCCAUGAACACACACACAACAUCAAAUUACAAACUGGAUUGACUGCCAUGGAAGAGAAUCCUGGCAUGCCAUGAGAACACGUAAAGGCAGGGUGGCUGCUGCAGCAGAUGUUAAUGUGCCUGACAAGAUGAAGAGUCGAAUCCCUGUGGUGCUUCUGGCCUGUGGCUCCUUCAACCCCAUUACCAACAUGCACCUGCGCUUGUUUGAGGUGGCCAGAGACCAUCUUCACCAAACAGGCAGGUACCAAGUGGUCGGGGGUAUCAUCUCUCCUGUCAAUGACAACUACGGGAAGAAAGACCUCGUGGCUGCCCGGCACCGGGUGGCCAUGGCCCGGCUGGCCCUGCAGACAUCUGACUGGAUCCGGGUGGACCCCUGGGAGAGUGAGCAGGCACAGUGGAUGGAGACGGUCAAGGUGCUGAGGCAUCACCACGGCGAACUGCUCAGAGCUCUACCCCGGACGGAAGGCCCCGACCAAGUCAAGGCCAUCACCCAGCCCCUGCAGGUGGCUGUUCCCGAGCUGAAGCUCCUCUGCGGGGCAGAUAUCCUGAAGACCUUCCAGACCCCCAACCUCUGGAAAGAUGCACACAUCCAGGAGAUAGUGGAGAAGUUCGGCUUGGUGUGCGUGGACCGGGCAGGGCACGACCCAAAGGGGUACAUCUUGGGCUCGCCCAUCCUGCAGAGACACCAGGACAACAUCCACCUGGCCAGGGAGCCUGUGCAAAAUGAGAUCAGCGCCACGUACAUCAGGCGGGCCCUGAGCCAAGGGCAGAGUGUGAAGUACCUGCUCCCUGAUGCUGUCAUCGCCUACAUCAAGGAGCACGACCUCUAUACCAGGAACACCGGCCGGGAGAGAGAUGAAGGGCAGCCUAGCAGAGGAGGCCCGGCCCCUCCUCCUCCAUCCAGCUCCUCCUGAGGUCUUCAUUUUCCUAAGUUUUUCCGCUUGUCAUUUGGUUCAUUUCAACAAUGGUUUUGCUUCUGAGGAGUCUUCUGGCCCAGGAAGAGAUCCCUUCUUUGGGAAGGAGCUGGUAAAUGGCAGUUAUGGUUGCAUGUGGUCCUGCACAUGACCAGGGUCCUGGAGGUGGGAGCAGACUUGCCCACAAAGCGCAUUUUUUUGUUUUAACCAGGACCAGGUGCAGCUUGCCCGUUUUGAUUGGAGAGACUUGAUGGAUGCUAAUUACCAGACAGUGGGCUUUGUCAGUGCCUUGUUUCAACAAAAUAAUACUCAUUGAGGAGCACAAAAUUUGAAAGCAGCACUUGCUGAUUGACAUUGAAUCUCCCAACAGUUGUCUCUCUGCCUACUGGCCAUUGAUAAAAUUUAAACUAAAAUCUUUCUAAGUAGUGAUCCUCAAACAAUAUUUUUGAUACAGUAUACAUAUGUAUUUUUAAACACAGCUAUUCUAUAAAUGUCAGGGGUCCUGAUUCCCAGAUUUCUAAAAAAGAACUGAGGUAAAACAGAUGCCUUCCCUGUUUUAGAGGAUCACUGCGAAUGUUUUAUGACUGCCUGCCUGUUUGAAUAUUGGCAAAGGGAUAAAUAAUAAAUGGACAUCAAAAAGUA